UUCCUGCUGUGCGACAUAAACUACCAUGGAUCGGCGUUCUGCGGUUUUGCACUUCACGCAAGGGCAUAGUAGGGAUUGCCUGCUGGCAGACACGCUAUGCAUUUAAUUGAGCCCGUCUUUUUGCUGCGUCAUACAUACAUUGUGGCAUUCAUGGCAGCGCGAGGGGUCGCAUAUGUGUAUAUUUGGGACAGGACUGUGCGACGUUGGGAUGGAUAUGCUGUGCAUUUUCUUUUCUUUGCUUUGAGAACCCUUCUUCCCCUUGAUUUUUGGCAUCCCCUGGCACGGGCAUUAUGGACGUCGUUAAUCCCUUAUUGGCUCAUUUGCAUAAAAGUGGCAUCAUCGCACUCACGUCGGGUACAGUACUUUUUUGUUUUGCAGCAAAAGGAGGAGGGGGUACUUGGCGCAUGAGCAUAUACAAAUGGAGGCGUUUUUUCGAUGUCUAGGAAGCGAGAUGAGCUGAAUACAUGACUUUUUUGUUAGGCUGAGGUCUUGUGCUUUUCCCCUGAGGACUAUUGGCAUCGUGAGUUCUGGAACUUCUUCUUGGCCCUUUUAAGGGUUCGUUACGAUGUGCCCUUUUUGGCGUCGUGGCGUUCCA